CUGGUUUAGCUUGUUGAAGAUGAACACAAACAGGCUCCUUCAGGCAGUCUACGGUUGACGGUUGGUUUGAGAGGACGCUUGUAAAAAGUUAUCGGGUCACUCGUGGUUUCAAGUGGAGUGUUGGAAGUUAAAUACAAUUCGGAACCUGUCUGAACGGAUCAGUGCCGUCGUAGUUUGAAGAAGCAGAACACUACAGAACUGACGUUUUGUGGGGCCGCUUGUUUUGUGUGAAGAUUAAACGAUGAAAGGGUUCGUCGCUUGUGAUUGAAGAAAAGUGUGAAAGGCAUCGAAUGUUUUCUAAAACGUAUUAAACGACUGGCCAACGAAAAACCGGUGUAUUGUGUUUGUUUUAAUAGCAAACUUCCGAAACGAGUUCCAACAGUGGAUAUUAUGAAGACGGAGUUCAAAUCCUGUGGUGGCUGUUCAGAGCAGAUCACCGAUCGGUACAUCUUCGAGGUGAGCGGUUGUACGUGGCACGGAUCGUGUCUGCGGUGCAGUGUGUGCUACUGCUCGCUCGAACGUCAGACCUCGUGCUAUUUUAAGGACGGCGAUGUGUACUGCAAAACCGAUUACAUAAAAAAAUUCAAAACCAGCUGUGCGAAAUGUUCCCGUUCAAUAUCGCCCUCCGACUGGGUGCGAAGGGCGCGAGAUUUCGUGUUCCAUUUGGCGUGCUUUGCAUGCGAUUCCUGUGGCCGACAGCUCUCGACGGGGGAACAAUUUGCCAUCAUCGACGAUCGGGUGUUGUGCAAGACGCACUACAUGGAGCUGAUUGAUGAUGGAACAACUUCCAGCGAGGAUGGUUGUGAUGCCGAGGGUAACGGAAAGAACAAAACGAAACGGAUACGAACGACGUUCACCGAGGAGCAGAUUCAAAUUUUGCAAGCUAACUUCCAGAUCGAUAGCAAUCCGGACGGACAGGAUCUGGAGCGAAUAGCACUGGCGACCGGGUUAAGCAAGCGAGUGACGCAGGUUUGGUUCCAAAAUUCCCGGGCGCGCCAGAAAAAGCAUGGUGAGAUUUACUCCCCUGGAUCGGAUGUGUGCGAUACUAAUCGGUUUGUGUCAUUCGCAGUGCCCCGAGGUCAAGAGCUGUUCAAUGGUCUGCGGUCCGACAUGAACAAUAAUAGCAAUAGUAAUGAUAGCCCUGGAGGCACACCUCUGAGCGAAGAAUGUGCGUUGGCUAAAGCUUCGAUUUUCAAUCAUCACGGGUUCAUCAAUUUGAUGGUGUGACAUGACGCUAGGGGUCUCCACCCAAUGGGAGGACCUGAGCAUCAUUCAUUGCAGCAACAGCAGCCGUCACAACAGCACGUCGGUUACUCCUGAGGAUAGCUAGCUUUCGGCUGGAGCAUACCGAUGUUCUGAAGAGGACCUGCAGGAUUGUUAUCAGGAUGACACGAGUCGUUACCACCGGUUAUCCCACUACCAAAGAAACGUGUGGUCUGAACGGAAACACUUCAGAUCAGUCUGAAACGGAACUAAGGAUAGGUUUGCAUCAAAAGCAGACUCCUUUUAAGUUAAAUUUACCUGCACAACAAUUACAACCGUUACAGAGUUUAGCAUGUUUGUGAUAACUUCUACGCAUUAUAACUAGAAAUGGUGCUAAGCAUAAAUAGAUAAUAUAAUGCUUUCAUUCGAUAAUUAUGUACAUUAUUUAUAUAGUUUAUAGUGUAAUAAAGAACCAUUGUGUUGUAAAUGCAA